AUUUCAUCGAAUUCACCGAAUUCCCUGAACUAUAAUCAUCAUUCUAUACACGAGGUGAAUUAUAUUCACUUAUAUUCUAUAGGUACUGAUCAAAGUGCUGUGAACUGUUGUGAUAAUGAUGACGAAUACACUCAAUCAAUAAUAAAUCCAGGGUAUACUACUGAAUUUGAUCCGAUUACACACAGAAAUUCAAACACAUAUGAAACAGGAUCUGAAUGCUAUCAGCAGUCUGUUUAUUCUACACCUAGCCAUGGAGUUGCACAAUCGAUAAGUAGCACUAACGAAACCCAACUAAUGCCUGGCAGUAAUCCAUGUCAGAUGGAUUAUGAUAUUUGGACUACAACAACAACUAAUGAGCCAGCAACGCCUGUACAUCAACCAUCUACAGCUUACACUGUACACUAUCCUAUAAAUGAUCUAUCAAUGGAGAUUUUCGAUUCGAGCAGUAAUCAUUAUCGUGAACACCAGGAUCAGCCACAACAACAACAUACACAGGUUCAAUACUUUAAUACUUAUGAAAUUUUUGAUAACAGUCAACAUCAAUUGAUUGCUAAUGAACAAUUCACUGAUAAAUCUACUGAUUAUAUUGAUUUUGUUUUAAAUUCAAAUAUGAAUCAAUCAACUCCAGUAGGAAAUUGUUGUUUAAAUCAAUCAAAUUAUCAAAUUCAACCGAAAAUGAUUGGUCACUUUGGUGAUGAUGGUGAUGACCUUGACGCUGAACAAACCAAUGAGAAAGAAGCGUGUAGCCUACAUUCAGCCAAUAAUAAUAAUUGGUCAAAUCAGUGUUUAUCGCAUACAUCCUUGCUAUCAGAAAUCGAUAGGAAUGAAGAGAAUCUUGUAGAAAGGAGAGAAGAGAAUGAAAAGCCUUCAGAGAUUAUGAUGCAUCCUA